GGACGAUUUAUGAAACGCAGCAACUUCCUGUUGGAAAUAAACACAACUUUGACAUUGGCCGCGUUUAUUAUAUCCGUCAAACAUGAGCAGCUUGACUAUAAACUCACUGAGACAAAUAAUGAAAGCGAUGGUCGACCACGCCUCCUUCGACAGAGUCAUAAGCAAGGUGGACAUUGUGUCUGCGAGCCCCGGGAAGGUGGUGUGUGAGAUGCGGGUGGAAGAGGAGCACACAAACCGGGGAGGGACGCUGCACGGCGGGCUGACAGCCACCCUGGUGGACGUGAUCUCUACCAUGGCCAUUAUGUACACCGAGAGAGGAGUCCCGGGGGUCAGCGUGGACAUGAAUAUAACGUACAUGAAUGCUGCCAAGAUAGGGGAAGAUGUCCUCAUCACUGCACAAGUCCUGAAGCAGGGGAAAACGCUGGCAUUUGCUACGGUAGAUCUCUCCAGCAAAGCCUCAGGGAAACUCAUCGCUCAAGGACGACACACUAAACACCUCGGCAGCAGCUGAACCGUCUCUUCUAAUUGAAAUUGUAUAAUUUACUGCUAAAAUUUGGGAUUCUGAAUAUGCACACUGUUCUUUUUGUAAGUACGUAAGUUUGCAGAACAAAGUUCUGUUUUUUUUUCCUAACUUAUGUGUUUGUGUUGUCGUGAAUAUUGAGCAGUGAAUGUUUCUUGUACAUGCAAUAAAGCCAGCUGGACAAAGAGUUGUGGUUUUUUUUUUUUCAGACUUUGCACUGUAUUGAGAUAUGCUCAGCAGUAAAGAUUAGAGAACAGAAAAUCAAAACCCAGAAGUUACAUGCCUUACACCCUUCUUUUCAGCUAAAACACAUUGAAUCAGCAAGGAGCGAAACUUUACGUACUACUGUACUUCAUAGUCUUUGAAAAAGCAAACCCUUCAAAACUCAAUUUUAAUUUAAAGAAGCUUGGCAGCAGAUUCGCAACUUCAACAGAUCAAAUUAAACAGAAAUCAGUUAGCUUUAAGCAAAACCUCUUUUUUUGUUAGGUAUAUUAUUAUUAUUAUUGUUAAAUCUGUCACCAUUGCAAUUCAUCACCGAACCAUGUCCCUCCGAAAAACAAAGCGCGCAAAACAUCAGAUUUCAGUAGCUUAAAUGAAAUAGUGCAUGAACGGAUUGAACUGUGAAAAAUCAACUUCCAACAUAUAAACAUGUCUUAACUCUGCACAAUGCCUUUUGAGAUACUCGCCAUUUUAAUCAAAGGCCUGUUUAGUAUGUUUCUGAGAAAAGCAAAUGACACAAAAACAUCUUUUAAGUCCAGCAAAUAAAACUAAGGCAGUUUAUAAGAAGCAAUACCUACACCAUAUGAUUUGACAAACACUCUUCCUCUUGUUAUCUUUGCCUGUACAGGUGUUCUGAUACCUGCUCAUGCCUAUCCUGGGCAAAAAAAAUUGUCUAAACUUGUUUUAGAAGCCCUAGUAACAUUACAAAACAAGCUUUAACAAUCCUUUCUUAUCACAUCAAGGAUAUAAGACAUGUCCAUCGUAACCACCAUGAAGACUUGUGUAUCGUUUGUUCCGGUUUAGAUGCAACAUAAAGAGUUCAUUCAGUGACCGAUGCUGUUGACUGUGUGGCUCCAAAAGAACAACCAACCACUCAAAAAAAAAAUCAAUGUCCGUGCAGGUUCAAAUAAAAAAAAAAAAAAAAAAAAAA